CAAAUUUUGAUGGAAAGAGGAAUCGCUAAUACGAGUCGUGGUUUGUAGUUUGGAAUCUAACACUUCUUAACUCAGGUAGAUGCUACAGAGCUCAAAAGCUUGUUAUAACAUGGGGACUGAAACUAACAAAGAUGAGCGUAACACGCCAGAGUAUUUAGCACAGUUACUAAAAGAUAAGAAACAAAUACAAGCUCUUCCGAACGUUUUCGUACAUGCGGAAAAGCUAUUAGAUGAAGAAAUCAACAGAGUUAGAGUAGCCCUCUUCCAUCAUAAAGGAAACCGUGAUCCAUUGGAUCUCCCAGAACCAGUUGGUCCUGUUGUCACACUCACAGAGAAACUAUUUGUACCAGCAAAGGAUCAUCCAGAUUUCAAUUUUGUUGGUCGUAUAUUGGGUCCACGCGGAAUGACAGCAAAAGAGUUAGAACAGUACACAGGCUGUAAGAUCAUGGUGCGAGGCAAGGGAUCAAUGAGGGACAAGAAAAAGGAGGAAGCCAACCGUGGAAAGGCCAACUGGGAACACUUGAAUGAAGAAUUACAUGUGCUGAUCACAGUAGAAGACACAAGGAUGAGAGCAGAAAUAAAGAUGAAAAAGGCAGUCGAUGAAGUUAAGAAACUGCUGGUACCUGCACCUGAUGGGGAGGAUGACUUGAAGAAACGUCAGUUGAUGGAAUUGGCCAUCAUAAAUGGCACUUAUCGUGACACUACAAAGCCGCCCACCACGGCCGCUCCUCCACCUACUUCCAGUCAUUUCAGUGUGGCAAAUCCCUGGCGGGGACAAGAUUUGAAUCUCACAAGAAGCACAGCAGGACAUUCAGAAUCACCCCGGCUUAUUGCUCCUGGAGCUCUUCAGAUGCAGCAUUUAAGAGCACAGACACCAACUGGAGCUCCCAUCAUCCUGCACCAACGUAUGCCUGCUGUGGCCACCAGUACUGCUGGAUUGCUCAAUGGAGCCCCACCUCCCCUGGUUUCACCAACAGAGAGUGGAUUUGUUUACAAUCCUUAUGAAUAUCCGUAUGCUGCCUUUUCUCCAGCAACUAUCUUGGAGUAUCCGACUGGCCUGGAUCAGAAUGCUGCCCUUGCUGGUGCUGUGCCCAAAAUGAGGAGAACUUUAACAGGAGUGCGAGAUCACCCUUACACAAGGGUGACAACACUUCCAUGAUGAGUGGAAGCUGGCAACUAACCCUUGAACGUGGCCACAAACGUCCGAUCCCUGUGCCUUUAAAGAAGGGUUAGUCGACUGUCAUCAUCCGCCCCUCUGCCUGCCCGCCCACUAGUUCGCUCACAGCCCGGGUGUUUGCCAUGCAUCACUUCAUCACCCUGAUUAUCAGUAUUGACGAAGCCGGGGCAGAUUGCUGCUGCCUGACACUUAACUCUUACAAGAAAGGUCUUCAUAACUUAUAUACCUACUCAUGGUGGAUGAUACUCAAAUUGUGGACCAUUGCUAACAGGUCCCAGAUGUGCAGGGACUCUUCAAUCCUACAGCUAAGUGCCGUCCUACUCAGCCAUCUGCAAUGACUAACCUGUGGAUCGUUACUAAUUUGUGAUGGGUCAACACAACUAGCGUCACCUCACCUGGCUGUAGAAUUGGAUUAGAUACCAGUGGACAUUUGGAUUGACUGACAGCCAGACUCUUCAUACGACAUUAGUCCACUGUUUGUGACCACUGGGCCUGGGUUUAACUGUUAAUUGUUAUAACUGUUGUACAUAAACUUUAACCUACUGAUUAGCUGACUGUGGUCUGCAGUACUGUGGAGGUAAGAGUGUGGAAAUAGAUACCUGUCCAGGCAACGUUGCCAUGUUGUAGCAGUAGCAUCAUGAGUCACCUCUGUCUUCCACUUUCUUCAGUAUUCAUAUAUGAUGUCUUCCUUGCAAAACUGUCCCACCAACAAGAUUCAUAAUACACAGCUCCCUCCUACUCUUCAGGAGAACAUGGCACAUGUCUACUCACCAGUUGUCUGACAUGACAGUAAAAUGGCUUAUCUCUCCAGUAUUAACUGCUACAGCAUGACAGUUGCAUCAGACAGCUAAUCCUGCAAUCUCAUCAUGCACAUUUGGCUCUGAUGCAUCUGAGACGGAGUCCUGCUUCCACCCUUUUGCCUUAAUUGUAGAAUGAAUUUGUUUUUUAUCUACUUAUGUUACUUAAUACUGAGUUGACUCUGUGCUGAUCACUUUAACCAGGCUGAACUUGAUAUUAGUUGGCUUAUCUCAUAUUUAAUGUUGUUGACCUCUAUUUUUGAGAAGGGGCAUGCUCUACUUAUGGAUGUUUGCUGGUCUGUAUUAAGAGUAAUGUUUCAGCAGAAACUUUUGUCAAAUGUUUACUAGGUAGCAAUAUAUGAGGAAUCCACAGAAUUGACAUAAAGUAAUGAGUUAAUUUAGAUUAACAGCAGUAUAUCUUCAACUGCUGCCCAAUAUUCAAUAACUCAGUAUUCCAUGGAAUUACAGUAGAGCCAUAACACCAUGGCACAGAUGCUAGGUUGUUAAGAUAUCGUACUGUAGAAUGUUGCGAUAAAACUCACAACUACUUAAACUAUCACAGGCGCACAGCCUUUUGGCUAUGACAGAAGUGACUUCUACAAUUUCUCAAACAGAUGCAGUUUUGUACUUCAGUCAAUAAUUACCAUUUAUUUGUUUCCUGAAUCAUUUGGAUAACCACUGUGAAAGUUAAUUGAGUUGAACUGGUGAUCUAACCAGCUGACAUCCUCAGGGGAGUUUGUGCUUUAACCUUUGAAAUACAAAUACUCCCACCGAUCUCGCCUGAUGGAGAUGAAACUACAUUACUUGUGCCUCAGAAAGUCUUAAGCAUAUCAUGUUCAUGCAUCUUUGCAUAUCAUUCACUCAUAUACUUGCUCUUGCAUUUUUUCUACAGAUUUUAGCAAUAUUUCCUUCAAUCAAAAUGUCCAAACAUAUCAUCCGCCAUUAUACAAUUAAACCAGAUGCAAAGUAAUCAGAAAGACUAAUGACACAUAUCUAUGCAACAUUUGUAUAUUUCAUUUGCCUUAUGAAUCAAAGUGCUUUCUGAUUGUUCAAAAUGGAAACAAUCUACUUAUCAAGGCCAACAUUGAUUGCUGCCAAAAUAUCAUACUUCAUCUCCAUUAAUUGUAUGCAAAGAAAUCAUGUUAUAUUUUGUAGCUUUUACUUAGCUAUGCAUGUACCAUUGAAAUGUUCUUGCUAAAGACAACGAUUGUCUACAGAUGAGAUUAUCUUUUAGAGAUAUUUUGGUUUAAUACGAAUAAUAUUGUCUUCCAUGGACACUAUGAAUGUAUGAAGCAUAUUAGAGAACGUACAAACCUGUACAUACUCAGUGUAUAUGUUUGGUGACUGCCUAGACUGGAGAACUGUUUCUGCUGAGUGGAGUGUUGGAUGGGUGAUGUUGUUGAACAUGCUGCUGCCACUACUCACUGCCCUUGCACCACGUACUGACUACAGUAUUACAUGUCAGCUGUGUAGUAGGCCGUUCUACUGCACAGUAAGUAUGUGGUGCCAACGUUCUGUAUCCCUUCAGGGAACUUCUGAUAUGUGUGUUCUUGAUGUCCUGUCUCUUUCUGGGCAGCACUGAGGAGUGGCUGCAAAUAGUAGCAGUGUGUGUGCUUCAUCCAUCUGCUGCUCCUGGCUCGGCCUAGCUCAACCGUCCUUUGCUCAUGACUUCUCCUUUUUAUGUAUAAAUCAAAAGUGUCUUGGCAGUCACCAGCUGUCUUUUUUUUUUUUUUUUUGUUUGUUGUAUUGUAUCUAGAAAUAUUUUAUGCUUCUUCCAGCAUGUUAUCAGUGCAGGGAGGAGAGAAAGGUUGGACAAGUUUUUGUGUUUGAUACUCUAACUGACACGUACUUAACCUGAGAUGUGUGUGGUCAUUGGUUGUGCUGGCUGCAGACUGUGUGUGCACCCAUGUCACCGGUGACCAUCUGCCACUAUACUAAACAAGUGCCUUAACUGCAUGUCAUUCUUGGUCCACUCACAGGUCACAAGUCAUGUUUGUAUGUUGUCUAUUUUUGUUACUCACAGGAACAAUUUCUAGUUAACCUGCAUUACAUAUCACCUAUUUUCUUAAUAACCUACUCAUAAACAGAGUCGUCGAGCAAGUGCAAAUUUUAAGCAGCAUAAUAAUCUGAACUAACAUUUGUUUGUAGGCCCAGCACACUGUGUUGGUGUUGACUGGAAUCUCACAACCACUACUACUAUGUUACUGCUACUCUGUUGUAUACUAAUAACCUCGGGGAAUACUCGCCCAUUUGUUGUUGAUGAUGACAACACAAUAGCAUUAAGUUUUUAGUACUGGUUUGCAUCAUCAUUAACCAAUUGGUUGCUACAGCUUUUCAUAACCAUAUGGCUGUAUUUUGUACCUAUUCAUAACUUUUAAUGCAAUAAAAUAUAUUUGUAGCCAUGGAAAUAUUCCCUUUCUUUCUGUUCUGACUAACACUGCUCACACACUGUCUUGAUACUCCCCAAUGUUGCCUGCACACUCACUCUCUCAACCAAUAGCUUCACAUAAGGCUUGUACUUUUUACCUUGACUUCGGCCAAAACCUUAAAGCCGCAUUCAGAGCAUGGUGUGAGAGAGUCUGUGUCUAGUCACAGAGUGAAUUGUAUGUCUGGCCUUGCUUUUCUUGUGCUUGGUAGAACGUAGCCCAUAUUAAACACUCAUAAGUUGGUUGCCAUGUUAUGCUUUAUUGUUGCUCAACAAAUACUCACAAGGUAAGAAUUAUAACCAUUUGAUUUAUCUUUGAAAACUUGUCCAAACUUUGUCAUAUUUUGCCAGAUUUGGACAAUUCUUGCCACGUUUUGUUACAUUAUUUUUUUCUUCUAAAAUUUUGAAAGUUGCUCAAUUGCUCAAGUGUAUAUGAGAUGGUGUUGUUGGUUGAUCGUCAGUCUUCCCGGGGAUAUAAUGUUGUAGCACCUGACGACAAGGGACAGUUAUUUAUUCCCACAUAUUUAUCCAUGACAAAAUGUUCUUUUUAAAAUUGUAGGUGCUUACCUCGCUAAUAAUACUGAUCUAUGUGUUUACAGUAUUUAGCAGAUGUGAACACCAUGCUAUCAUACUUUGUUUUGACACUGUAGCAUGGUGGUCCAUCAACAUACUCACAGUUGAGGUAACGUAGUCAUAAUAGGGCUGGAGCCCACAGAGAGUCUUUCUUUAACCUCUUUUAAUAACUGCAUAGAAUAAAGUAUAUUCUACAUGUC